AUGGGGACGAGGGGAAGGAGGAAUCGGAAACAAGCCAGCAUUGCCCAGGUCGUCUCUCUCCGAGGCUUCAACCAAAUUGAGACAGCCGAGAGCUUGCAAGGCAGAGAUAAGUGCGAACGGAAGAGACGAAGCAGAAACAGAGGCAGACGCAGUGGAAGACGAAGAAAUAAGUGCAAGAUUCCUUUUCCUUUGCCUUUCGAUCUGGUGCUCGAAAUUCUGAAGAGAUUGCCAGCAAAGUCCCUAAUGAGGUUCAAGUGCGUCUCAAAGGAGUGGUCAUCAGUCAUCUCUGGUCCAUACUUCACCAAGCUUUUUCUUACCGCCACUGGACAACAAGCACCACGCCUCUUCUUGUGUUUAGUGGAGAGAGACGUGGAAAAUCUACUGCUGUCAUCAUCAACCUCUCCUCCAGACAAGAAUUGGUUUGUGGUCAGCCAAGAUUUGACCAUCCCAAAGUUGCCAUCUCUCUACUUCUUCAACGGUCUUCACGGCUUGAUCUGUUUCACAAUCUCUAGCACAGAGGCUUGUGUCUAUAACCCCACCACUGGACAACUCUUGAAACUACCCUCCAUCAACAACUCCAACAUGCCUCAAAUGGUGACUACCCGUUACUUUAUCGGACAUGAUCCCGUUAGUGAUCAAUACAAAAUACUCUGCACGAUCGCGUCUUUCUCGGGAGAUCUUGAAAACAUGAAGUCGGAGCAUUGGGUCUUGCUACUAGGAGCAGGAGGUUCGUGGAAAAAGGUGGAGUCUUAUGAUCUUCAUCAUGCUCCGGGCACAAUAGGGCGGUCUAUCAAUGGACCUGUAGUACAUUAUUUGGCUUGGCUUGAUUUUCACACUUGUGCGGUUGUGAGUUUCGACAUAAGGUCCGAAGUGUUGACUACUGUCCCAGUACCUCAACCCCAGGAGGCCGAGCGGUCUUCAGCUACGAUGAAGGCGGGCCUUGUGGAGUAUUGUGGAAAAAUAGCUGUUUUUGAUAAUAGCCUUAUAGACAAGGGUUCGGUGGAUAUAUGGGUAUUAGAGGACGCCGGGAAGAUGGAAUGGUCUAACAAGACUCUGUUUUUGCGGCCUCGUCAAAGGCAUUUAGUCGAUGACUUUUUACUAGUCGUAAAAGCCUUUUACGCCGAUGGCUGGUGGGGAACAACUGCUACACCAAGCAUUUUCAUUGCAGCAGCCAUUACAGACUGGCUUGACGCUAUCUUGCGCGCAAGGUACAUUCUUUUUCACCAUUUUGUGUGUAUAUUUCCUUCUUCGAUAUGGUUUCCUGCAUUUCACAUUGCAGUGUUAACGUUGAGAUCAUUUACAUUUCAGAUGAGGUUAGGUUCUGCGUUUGGUGCAUUUUUGGAUCCGGUUGCAGAUAAGCUUGUGGUCGCAGCUACGUUGAUCUUACUGUGUACGAAACAUAUUGAUGUUGCUGCAUUAGGACCAGUUCCAUGGUUAUUGACGCUACCUUCUAUUGCAAUCAUUGGUAGGGAGGCUGUUGCAGUAAAUAACUUGGGCAAGUGGAAGACCGCGACGCAGAUGACAGUACUAACCAUACUUCUUGCAAGCCGGGAUAGCAAUGUUGGAUGGCUUGUAGCUUCAGGCGCUGGCUUGCUUUAUGUAUCAGCAGGACUAUCGGUUUGGUCUCUAGUCGUUGCAUUCAUGGAGAUGGUCUCAGUCAUGGCCUGUGGGGCUGACUAG